AUGGCCAACACGACCAACCACUCUGCCCCAUACUACAGCUACGAAUACUACCUGGACUACCUGGACCUCAUGCCUGUGGACGAGAUGAAGCUGCAAGCCAACAAGCAUCUGAUCGUCAUUGCUUUUUGGGUGAGCCUGGCUGUCUUUGUGGUGCUUCUCUUCUUCAUCUUGCUCUACAUGUCCUGGACAGGCUCCUCCCAGAUAAGGAACCCCCAGCACCACCGUGCAUGUCCAUUGAACCGCUUCUUCAACCUCCUCCUUUGCGUGCGGAGGCACUCAUUGCACCACAGAGCGCCCCCUGCUUCCUCUCAGGCUCCAAGCUCAGAAGAACCAGCAAUCAGAAGCUUAAACCCUCAACAGCCACUGCCAUCUGAGAGUCCCUCCGCUUUGGACCCCCAUGGGAUCAGCUGA